AUGGAAGGGAAGACAGUAUUAUUGUCAAUAUGGGGUACAUGGUUUGCACUAUUGGGACUCAUCUUCAUUCUCCAGUUCACUAUUAUGCGAGAUGUAACUAGGCAAAUGCUCUCAAACCUGCACAAAAAUUUGGAUUUGAAAGUUAAUACUACAGCAAUCACAUGUGACCGUUCUAAUAUAGAUUUUGAUAUAUGCAGAAUGAAUGGUCCAACACUUUUAGACCAAACUUCAUUAACACUUGUUACCUUGGACUCAAAUAUAAGAACCCAACCUCAGAUCCAUUUGAAAAUUCAACCUUAUCCUCUCAAAAAUAGUAAAGAUGCAAUGUCUUCCGUUAGUGAAUUCACUCUCACAUCAGAUUCACAAAAAUAUUCAUCUCAAUGUGGUGUCACACAUCAUAGUCCAGCAAUAAUAUUUAGUGGGAGUGGAUACACCGGAAACUUCUAUCAUGACAUGAAUGAAAUUUUCAUAUCACUUUUUAUAACCAUCCAUUCAUUAUCUCCUAAUCAAGAUGUAAUACUUGUAAUAGUAGAUAGUAAGGCUUGGUGGUUAAAAAAAUAUGAUGAUUUAUUAUCUGCAUUUACUCCACACCGCAUAAUCAUCGAGGCAAAUAACUUAACCACACAUUGUUUCCCAUCAGCAAUCAUAGGUUUGGUAAAGCAUGGACAAUUGAUCAUAGACCCUAAAUUGUUACCAUUCCCUAUAACUCUUGUUGAUUUUCAUGCAUUUCUAAAUAGUGCAUAUAUAAAGAAGGACACCUCGUUAAUAUAUCACGAUAAUAUGGGUAGGCCUCUUUUAACAUUGGUUAGUAGAAAAGGAAAUUCGCGUGUGAUUUUGAAUCAAGAAGAAGUCAUCAAAUUAGCUGAAGAUAUCGGGUUCAAUGUACAUGUUUUAGAUACAACAAGAGAUUCAUCAAUAGUCGAUACGUAUAGAUUGAUUCAUUCGAGUCAUGUAAUGUUAGGGGUGCAUGGUGCAGGUCUAACAAAUUUAUUAUUUCUUAGACAAGGCUCGGUGUUGGUUCAAAUUGUGCCUAUUGGACUUGAGUGGGCUUCAGAAACUUAUUAUUACAAACCAACCAAGAUUUUGGGAUUGGAAUAUGUUGAGUACAAAAUAGAAGCUAAUGAAAGUAGCUUGUCUUGGAAAUAUGGAGCUGAUAGUUUAGUGAUGAACGAUCCAGAAACUUUUCGUGAUGGUAAAUGGGCUAAUCAAUUAGUGUACUUGAAGAAUCAAAAUGUGAUAAUUGAUUUAAUUAGAUUUAAAAAAUGUUUGACAGAAGUGUAUAGAAAGGCUAAAUUAUUUAUGCACACUAGUACUAGCUAG